AGAUAAAAAGAAAAAAGAACCAGAAAAGACGCCGGAGGCAUCGUUAGGUAACAUGAAAGCCUUCACGGCAAGCGCUGGAUAUGAUCCAGUAGCGCACACGGACGAUGUGACAGCAGAGCAGGAGAAUGAGUUGGCCUCAGCAUCAGUCUUGUCACAAUCACAACUUGUAGAGCAAGAUGGAAAAACUACCCUUGUCAACACAAUAAUUGAAAGAUAUGAAGGUGAAAAGGUUAAUGGCCUGUUCAUCGGCAAUGGGGUCGCAUAUUUCCAUGGAGGCCAUGUUUACAAGGGUUUCUUUUCAGAUGGACUAAUGCACGGGCGCGGCAUCUACAUAUGGGCAGAUGGAGUCAAAUAUGAGGGAGACUUUGUUUCAAAUGUCCCAAUGGGUCAUGGGGCCUACACAUGGCUGGACGGAAGCUGUUAUGAGGGUGAGGUGUUCAAUGGAAUUCGUCAUGGCAUCGGAACCUACAAAUGUGGCAAAACCUCUGUAACCUACAGAGGGCAGUGGCACCACGGACAGCGCCACGGCAAGGGUAUAAUGUACUACAACCAGGAGGUGACCUCUUGGUAUGAAGGAGACUGGUUCAACAACAGCAGGGAAGGAUGGGGAGUGCGUUGUUACCCAUCUGGAAACCUUUACGAGGGUCAGUGGAAGAACAACAUCAGACACGGGCAAGGGCUGAUGAGGUGGCUGCAGCUCGGGCAACAGUACAAUGGAUCAUGGGAAAAUGGCAUUCAGCAUGGAGAGGGCACGCACACGUGGUACCUGAGGAGGGUCCCUGGCACCCAGUACCCUCUGAGGAACGAGUACACGGGUGGCUUUGUGCAGGGGCUGCGUCACGGCCACGGCACCUUCUACUAUGCAAGUGGAGCUGUGUACAAGGGCGAGUGGAAGUCUAACAAAAAACACGGCCAGGGCAAGUUUAUAUUCAAAAAUGGGCGCAUAUUUGAAGGGGAGUUUAUUGAUGACUAUAUGGCAGAGUUCCCUUCAUUUUGCAUCGAUGGCUUCAAAACCCCAGAUCUAAGUGGGAUCCGGACACACACUCCCACCUCCUGUGAAGAAGAUGGUCCAAGGCCAGCGGUGGAUUCCUCUGGUUGGACCUCAGUGCUUGGGCCUGACAUGACUCUUGAAAUCCACACGCUGCUGGACAGACUCCCUGAGGCUCACAGAGAUCUAGAAAUCAAACAGGUGGAGUUUGCCGUGCUGCGGCACAUCUCUGAGCUCCGCUCCAUCUACGGUUUCUACAGCAGCCUGGGCCUGGGCGAGUCUCCAGACAACACCUUCCUGCUGACACGCCUGCAGCUGUGGCGCAUGCUCACGGACUGCAACACACACCUGCAGGGCGUCACGCUGGCCCAGGUGGACCGGCUCGUCAGCGGAGGGGAUAUCCCACCUGAGGAGAUUCACUCUCCUUUCUCCACCAUGUUGCUUAGGACCUUCGUAAGCUCUUUAGUCAUCCUGUCAUAUCACAUGUACCAUAAGACAGUUGGAUCAUCUGGUGGCAUCAUUGUUGCAUGCUUCUCCAAGCUGAUGAGAGAAAACAUUAUCCCUAAUGCAAAACAAGUCAAAGGUCUUUUAUUCCGGGAGUCGAUGCGAGCAGUGAUUGCUAUGAAUUAUAUCGAUAAAAGCUGGGAGAUUCACCAGGCCUUCUGUCAAUUUAACUCAAUCACACACCUUGACAAAACCAUGACCAUGAGGCAAUUCAUAUGGAUGUUUCAGGAUCUUGACCUGUUCGACAGUGUUCUGACACCUAGAACAGUCUUGCAGAUUCUGUCUCUGGAGAAUCCAUCGGUCUACAGUGAAUCCCAUAGUAAUCUGGAUAUAGAGAUGGUUUUCCUGGAGUUCUACGAGGCGUUACUGGGCUGUACUGAAGUGAAGAGCCAGAGGGCCGUGCAGUCGUCAGCAGAGAGCCUGAGUGAGGCCAUUAGCUCAGUGGCUGCACCGGAUGGAGGGACCAGUCAGCAGACCCCCCAGUGCCCCUCACCUAUGGUUGGGUCCGCGGCAAAGUCCUCAAACCGAACAUCAGCUGGGGGGAGCAGCGCUAAAUCAAUAAAGGUGAGAAAAUCCAAAGACAGAGACACCCCUUGCACACCUGAGGUGGUGGCUUGCAGACAGAGCCCAGCAGAUUUGACCAGACCAGGGACCGGUAGCCGUCCAGAGACGGGCCACUGUGAGGCUGAAGUGGUCUCAGACACCCUGGUCCAGUCCAUGGCAGCUCUGGAUCCUAAAGAGCCCCUACUGCUGGGAGGCACUGAAGGCGGCGAGCUGGAGAGCUGGAUUCACUGGACUCACCAUUUCUUCAGCAAGAGCUUCUUCUCCGCCUACGAGCACAUGCUGCUGCUGAGGAGGGAGGUGGAGGAGGAGGCGCUCAGGGAGGCGGCCCGUACACGGACCGCGCUCGCAAAGGCCAAAAAGGCAGCCAGGCAGCGGGAGCUGUGGGAGGUGGAAGAGAGGCGCAGGGAGGAAGAGGAGGAGGAGGAGGCUGACAGAGCGGAGGCCCAGGAGGAAGACAACGCCAUGGCCUCAGCGCUGACCACCCCCGUGGCCUCCGCCACCUCCAUGGGCCUGUCCAAACACUCCCCGAGCAGCGGCAGCCGCAAGAAGAAGAAAUGAGGUCACAAUGUCACGGGAGAAACCUAAGAGUUUAUUUAAACCAGUCAAAUAACAAUGAAGUAAAAAAAAAAAAAAAAAAGUAUAUUUAUAUAAAAAAACAUAUUUUUCUUUUGUCGCUAGUUGUGGGAUGGUGGGGUAAAGCACAUCAGGUCAUCCUCACACAAUGC